GGUGCGAAAUUCAAGAUCCGAUACGGAGCACCCGAGGAUGAUCGUACGUACAUACACUCGCCGGAGCCGGGGCCUCCCCCGGAGCCAUUCCGAUCCCAAUCUCCUCGCCGACGAUGAUGAUCCGGCCACCGUGGGUGAAGAUGACCACCCUGAGCCGUUCCUCUCGCAGGGCAGUGGCUCCCAGGUCCCCAUCCCUCUCUUCUUCUCCUCCCAAGACUCUUCGCCUUGGUCCCUUGAUCAUCCCUUCGAUCUCCCACCUGAUGAGUCUCCCGAACCUUCUCUUCCAUUUUCAAAGGAAUCGAAUGGGGAGCGGAGGAAGGGGAGGGGUUUGAAGAGGGGCAGUGGCGGGGAGGUCAAGAAUGGGAAGGGGGCGGCGACGGCGACGUUGAUGGAGGCGCAGGAGUUUGGAGAGAUGAUGGAGCAUGUUGAUGAGGUGAAUUUCGCGCUGGAUGGGCUGCGGCCCGGGCAGCCGGCGAGGAUCCGGAGGGCGAGUUUGUUAUCGCUGUUGUCAAUCUGCGAGACUACGCAGCAGAGGAGGUUGCUCAGAACCCAGGGGAUGGCAAAGAAAAUAAUCGAUGCUGUUUUGGGUCUCAACCUUGAUGACUCCCCCAGCACUAUUGCUGCAGCAGCUCUUUUCUUUGUUUUGGCAAGUGAUGCUCAAGAUGAUCAUUUGCUAGAUUCACCAUCAUGCAUCCAUUUUCUCCUAAAAUUGUUGAAUAUACACAUUUCUGAUACUGCCAAUGAUAAGAUCCCAACCUUUGGGCAUAAGCUUCUUGGGAUACGAAAGCCUCAAGUUGAGGGCACUUCCAUGAAAGGAUUAGAUUCUAGCUCCUCCGCAAUCAUGUCAAAAGUUCAUGCAAUACUUUUAAAUUGCAAAGAACUAAAAUCAGGCAAUGAAGAUGAUGAUGUGACAGGAAAGCCAGAGUUGAGCUCAAAAUGGAUUUCCUUAUUGACUAUGGAGAAAGCAUGUUUAUCUACUGUUUCUUUUGAAGAUACUCCUGAUACUGUGAGAAGAGUUGGUGGAACAUUUAAAGAAAAGCUAAGAGAGUUUGGAGGCCUUGAUGCAAUCUCUGAUGUUAUUUCUAGUUGUUAUUCUACAAUGGAGAUUGAGUUAAAACACACUUUGCAUUCCGUUCGAGAUAUUAAAGAUGGAGCAGCUUUGCAGUGUGCUGUGCUUCUCUUGAAAUGUCUGAAGAUCAUGGAAAAUGCGACGUUUCUUAGUAAGGAUAACCAGAAACACUUGCUUGGGAUGAAGUCAAAUAUGAAAUCUGGAGGCUUACCCUUGUCCUUUGUUGGGAUGAUUAUCAGUUUUAUUAAAUUGCUGUCAGGUCUCUCUCGGCACCAAAGUUCUUGGAACAUCUCCAAACAAAUGACACCAUCAAAUUGUCCCUCUGAGAGAACGGGUCUUGAUUUUUCCCCUGCUUCUGAAAAUCAGUUGAAGAAACACCUGUUAGAUAACCAAGAUCAGACUUCAUCUUGUGAUCAUGUUGGGCGUAGUAGCGUUGAAGUCUCUCCAGGGGAGAGGAUUAAUGCAUGUCUUAAACGUCAGAGGUUGUCCAUUUGCCAAUCGGAAGAAUCUAUUCCUAAUAUAGGGAUGACAUUGUCAACCGGCACUGAUGUAUAUUCUGUUAAGAGGAUUAGCGAUUCAACUAUAUCAGGUUUAAGUAAUGGGGUAUUGACUGGCUCAAAUGGUGAAAGUCAUAAAAAUGCUACAGGUUUAAGUAAGAGUCAUUGCAAAAGUUCAAAUGGAUGGAUUUCCAUAAAAGCCAUUGGUUCAAAAAGGACUUUAAGUAGCUUGUCUAGGAAGCCACAUGUAUCUGAAGAUGUUAAAGGCAAUUGUAUGAAGGACAGCUAUGAUCCAUUUGCAUUUGAUGAAGAUGACAUGGAACCAUCAAAGUGGGAGUUGUUAGCCAAGAAAAAAGAACCUAUGCAAACUCUUCAAAUCUCUUCACAAAAUAAAGUAAUGGAUGAAUCUGAUAUCCAAAUGGGACCAACAGAUCAUGAACUUAGUCAAGUAACUGACAGAGAGAAUCAUUUAACUGUUGGAAACUCCUCCCUGACAUCUAUUGAAGAAGAUUCUACUCUUAUCGAAGAUUGUCUUCUCACUGCAAUCAAGGUCCUUAUGAACUUAACAAAUGACAACCCCAUAGGUUGUCGGCAGAUUGCUGCUUGUGGUGGAUUGGAGACCUUGGCUUCCUUGAUUCUCAGCCACUUCCCUUCAUUUGGCGUAUCUUGCUCUACGCAUAGCCAGUUAAAAGAUACCAUCUCAUCCUCCAGCUCACUUAUAGAAGCUAGUCAGCUUAAAAACAAGCAUCUAAAUGAUCAUGAAUUGGAAUUUUUAGUUGCUAUUUUGGGCUUGCUUGUGAACCUAGUUGAGAAGGAUAGCCAGAAUAGAUCUCGGCUUGUUUCUGCUCAAGUUUCAGUAGAAGAGCCAGGGAUAUCGGAAGAAAGCGUAAAUGACAGGGAUGUCAUACCAUUAUUGUGUUCCAUUUUUUUGGCUAAUCAAGGAAGUGGAGAGGGUGCUGGGGAUGAAAGUCCAUUAUUGUGUGAUGAUGAAGCUUCCUUGUUGCAAGGAGAACGAGAGGCAGAAAUGAUGAUUAUUCAAGCCUACGCUGCUCUGCUGCUUGCAUUCCUAUCAACUGAAAGUAGCAAUGCCCGUGAAGCAAUUGCCAAAUGCCUCCCGAACCACAACCUGCGUGCUCUUGUGCCAGUACUAGAAAGAUUUGUGGCAUUUCAUUUGUCAUUGAACAUGAUAUCACCGGAAACUCAUUCUGCAGUUAAUGAAGUCAUUGAAUCCUGUAAAGAGCCUUGAACACUGAAGAGAAUCAUGUAUAGUUUUCCCAAUCUUACGUGGCGUAAAUUUUUGUUUUUUUCCCAUCUUGUGAUUAGGCCUGGCAGUGGUGAUACCUUAGAGGCUAACAACGUGUAUACUAAUUCCUUUGUUUGUGUUUUUAGAUUAUUUCUCCAAUGUCACAAAAUAGUAGGAUUAUAUUUGAAAAUGUAUGUUUCCUUCCCCCUCUUUUUUUUGUUGUAUAGAUCAGAUCAAUUAAGCAGAUGUAACAAAGACAGACGGUCAUAAAUGUGGUUCAUGGUCUUUCCAUUUUCAUUA